AUGGGGAAAGGAAACAGCAAGCUGGCACCAGAGGUUCUGGAUGACCUCACCAAGAGUACUGAGUUCAACGAGGCUGAGCUCAAGCAGUGGUACAAAGGCUUCCUCAAAGACUGGACCUGUCCCUCUGGUAUACUGAACCUAGAGGAGUUCCGACAACUAUAUGUGAAGUUCUUUCCGUACGGCGACGCGUCUAAGUUCGCCCAGCACGCCUUCCGGACCUUCGAUAAGAACGGGGACGGGACCAUCGACUUCCGGGAGUUUAUCUGUGCCCUGUCAAUCACCUCGAGGGGGACCUUUGAGCAGAAACUCAACUGGGCCUUCAACAUGUAUGACUUAGACGGAGACGGCAAGAUCACACGCAUGGAGAUGCUGGAGAUCAUAGAGGCGAUCUACAAGAUGGUUGGCACUGUGAUAAUGAUGCGUAUGAACGAGGACGGGCUGACUCCCCAGCAGCGCGUGGAUAAGAUCUUCUCCAAGAUGGAUAAAGAUCACAACGAUGAGAUCACGCUGGAGGAGUUCAAAGAGGCAGCCAAGAGUGAUCCCUCCAUCGUCCUACUGCUACAGUGUGACAUGCAGAAAUAGA